GACCCGAAAUGUUGACUGUGCAUUUACCUCCAUUGAUGGGAUGAGUUGUUUCAGCCUGUUGUGUGUUGCUCCAGUUUCCGGCAUUUACUGCGUUUUGUGUCUCCAGCGGUGGUGAAGGAAGGAGUAAUGAAAAAGUCAAGUUAGUGACUGGGCAGAAAAAGUAGUGGUGGAUGAAAUGAAUGAAUAAAUGAAUGAAGCAAGCAGUUGGAUGGUCUGCGUGCACCAGGGGAGCAGGGAGUGGGAAGGAAGGGCUGGGUUAGAGAGCAGGUUCCCUCCCAGCCAGGUGACUCCGGGAGCCCAGCCCAACACUCCACGGGCGCCCGGGAGAGGCUGCUCGGCAGCUGGGGCCGGGUCCAGCGCCUGGACCGGGGCUGCAUCGAGUGAGAGGCCUUUCGGGCGAUGCUGCAGCUCUGGAGCUGAUGGAGCCGAGUGGGGUCGAAGGUGGAGCGGGAGGCCGGGCUGCAGGCGGCUGGUGGCCCGAGGAGGAGCGUUGGGAGGCGGAGGCCUUCACUGGGGCCGCGGCCGAGGGGCCGUGGCUGCAGAGCAGCUUGGGGGAGGAGGCGGCCGGACCGGCGGAGCCCCCACAACCCCGGCUCGACGCCGACACUUUCGCCCAGCUGUUCGACACGGACGGGAGGCUGGUGAGAGAGUCGCAACUCCGCAAGCUCAUCUUCAGGGGUGGUGGUGUGGAUCCUAGUAUUCGUAAGGAUGUGUGGAAAUUUCUGUUUGGGAUGUAUCCUUGCACCUCUACAACACGAGAGCGCAAAACACUGGCCUUGGAGCUCUACGUCCGUUACAAGAUGAUGAAACGUAGGUGGCUGGCCUUGAUAUCAAGUAGCAUGAAGAUGAAGGUGGAUGAGACUGACAAAGAGCUGUAUGAAGUGGCACAUGCUUAUCAACAGACUAGUGAUGCCUUCAGUAUCAAAGGGCAGGAAGUGGACCUGUCAGAGGAGAGACGUGAACAGAUAGCCUUCAUAGAGCUGCAAGCAAAGGUUUAUGUGGACCGUCAAAGAAUCAAUGUGCAUGAACUUCAUGAGGCAAUUAGGAUCAUAGACAAAGAUGUGCCCAGAACUGAACGAGUCCUAACUUACUAUCAAAAUGAAGGUGUGUUCAACCUUCUGGUAUUAAGAGACAUACUCAUCACCUUUGCUGCAUUCCAUCCAGAUGUGAGCUAUGCUCAAGGUAUGAAUGACUUGGUUAGUCGCUUCUUAGAGGUGUUGGACUCUGAAGUGGAUGCUUACUGGUGCUGUAGUUUCUACUUUGAGAAAAUUGCUUCCGACUUCAAAGAAGAAGGCUUGAUAAGGAAAAUCAGACUAGAGGAAGAGCUCCUUAAGGAACUGGACUCAGAGCUUCACGCACAUCUCCUGAGAGAUAACCUGAAUGGCCUUACCUUCUGUCACAGGUGGCUACUCCUGGGGUUUCAGCGGGAGUUUGAGCACAGUGAAGCAAUCUGUCUCUUCGAGAUCCUCAGCAGUCACCAUCUCGAAUUAAACUCACUGGAAGCAGAAAGGGCACGAGACUUGGAGAGGAUGUCUCGCUUUCAAAGGGAAGAAGGUGAAGUUAGGCCGGAGUUGCCCUUGGCCAAUGUCGACUACACCUUUGAACUCUUUAUCUGUGCUGCAAUCCUUCUGGAGAAGAGAGAAAUGCUGCUGAGGUGCACAGAUGAAGUGGAACUCAUCCAGUUUACAAAUAGCUUGCAGGGAGCACUGGACUUGAAUAUUGUCCUUCAAAGAGCAGAGCAAGCGUUCUUCAGUUACUGCAACAAAUCAGUGGUGGACUGUUUCAAGAAACUCUGUAAAGAGCAGAAGAAAAGGAGCCUCUUUGGGUUGAAUCUGAUGGAUUUGUUCUCCUAAUGGAUUGGGAUGUCAUUGAUUGUAUCUGGUUUACAAUUGGUAAGAAGCAGCUCCUGUGUGUGUUUCAGGACUCCUCAAAGCUCGACAAUCUCAACACUGAAUGUAUUCUUGCAGAAAUCUUUUGAUGUUUACAUUGUACAUUUAAGACCAGUUGCUUGAUUGGUCAGUAUCAUUAUCGCAAGUUUCUGGCCAUAAAAGUCUUAAACCAAAGAGCGAUUAUUUUGUUUGAAGAAGCACAGGGCGUUUCCCACUUUUAAAAUGUGAGCUACUCGAGUCCAGUUUGACCUCUUUCUCGCAGCAGGGCUUCUUUGUCGAAUUAGUAAAUCAGCACUGAUUAUUUAAUGCUACAACAUGGCCCUCAUACAGUCUUAACUGUCCCAAUAGUUUGGGCCCACUGAUCUGUCGCAGGACUCUUUUUCAGGAUGAUUUUCCUUGUGUUUGUAUCUCACAGUGCCUUACAGCAUUCCCUAGCUCAGGAUGAGUGCUUAUCAUCAUAUACGUUGUUCUUGCCAAGGCUUCAUAAGUGAUAUCAGUGAAGCACUUGAGAAGCCCCCAGUUGACUGAACAUCAUUCUGCAGAUGUACCUCAGUUCAGUCAUUUCCAACCAUGGCACAGCCAAGACUGGCAGAGCAGGGUGUGACAGACCCUGGCCAAAAGCUUCACUCUAUCACUUUAUAGGCAAAGGGUUAGAAUUACCACUGCCAGUCUAAAUGCUUCAUAAUUGUAACCUAAUGUGAUAAAUCUCUGGGCUACAAGGAGCCUGAAUAUGUGAAAGAAUUUCACUUUCCAAAAUUAAACUGUUUAAUGUACUUUUAUUAUUGUUAAUGACUAAUGUUAAUUAAAAAGUGAUCUUGAUAUUGA